AUGACUCGACCUACCGAACAUAGUAACGUGGUCCUCGAGACUUUGAACUCGAUUGGUGCUCAUAUCUUCGCCACGGACGGUGAUCGCAGCAAAGCCCUCUUGGCCGCGUAUGCGCUGCCGGCACUGUGGGCCAGCUUGAAGGUAGUCAAGGACCUGCAGCUAUUCGAGAAAUGGCAUGAGCAAGGCGACGCAGUGCAAAGCAGUGAUGAGUUGGCCGCUCUGGUCCACUGCAACCCAGACCUCUUCGGCCGCAUCCUCCGUCAUCUUGCUGUGAACCACGUCCUAGCUGAGCCCACAGCCGGAACGUUUAAGCCAACGAGUUUCUCUCUCGCUCUUCUGCAGCCGGUCUUUGGCGAGUGGAUCAAUUACCUGUAUGACCUCGGCAUUCCCGUUUUUCACAGCGCUCCUGAGUUCCUACAGAAGACCAACUAUCGGAACCCCACCGACCCUAAAGAUGGGAUUUUUCAAUAUGCAAAGAACUACCAGGGCGACCUGUUCGAAUAUUUCACCAGCCACCCGCGUGAAGGGACAUCAUUCAACCAUGCCAUGGGUGGGGUGAUGGCUCAUCAAGCCAGCUGGCUAGACAUCAUCCCAGGAGAGCACUUUAUAGACGGAUCGAACCCCGAUCUACCGCUGGUUGUGGACGUUGGAGGAAACAUCGGCCAUGACAUUGAGAAGUUCCGCCAGGUGUAUCCGGAGACGGCGCACCGACUCUAUCUCCAGGACCGGGCCGCAGUGGUUGAGCUCGCCAAAUGCCCGGAUCCUGUGAACAAAAUGGUGCACAAUUUCUUCCAGCCGCAACCGAUCACAAAGUCCCGCGUCUACUAUCUGCACGGCAUUCUGCAUGACUGGUCGGAUGAACCGGCGCAAAAGAUUCUGUUGAUGCUCCGCGACGCGCUGAUGCCCGGGUAUAGUAAGCUGCUCGUGCACGACCAUGUAGUGCCGGAGAAAGAUGCUCAUCCGCAUGCCACCUCGUACGAUUUGACUAUGAUGGCCAUGGUGGCUGGCUUGGAGCGCACCGAGACGCAAUGGCGGACUUUGCUAUCCUCGGCGGGAUAUCGGGUCGUCAAGGUCUGGCGGUCGCCUUUAGCUGCACAGGCGGUUAUCGAGGCUGAAGUGGCACUUUGA